AUGAAGAGAGUGAUGAGAGAUGUUAGAUGGGAUGAAAAGUCUGUGAUAUUAAAUGUUGAUAGAGAGAGAAAGAGAGAUUUGACAUAUGGGAUAUGGGACAGUUUAGAGGAUAGAGGGGUACUUAGUAAGUAUAUAGACUUAAUUAAGGAUAUGUAUGUUAAGACUAACACUAGUGUUCGUGCACCGGUAGGGGAUACUGAUUUCUUUCCUGUGGAAGUAGGACUCCACCAAAGGUCAGCGUUAAGCCCUUUUCUAUUUGCGAUUGUCCUAGAUGAGUUGUCAAAGUCGAUUCAGGAGUCAGUUCCGUGGUGCUUGCUUUUUGCAGACGAUAUUGUGUUGAUUGAAGAAAGUAAACAGAGCUUGAAUGCGAGGUUAGAAGAUUGGCGGAUCACUAUUGAGGGCCAGGUGGUUCCACAGGCAACUAAGUUCAAGUAUCUAGGAUCGUUUGUUCAGAGCAAUGGAGAGAUAGACAGUGACGUAGCUCACCGUAUCCAGGCUGGAUGGUGUAGGUGGAGAGCAGCCACAGGGGUGUUGUGCGACAAGAGGUUCCCUGUUAAAUUAAAAGGGAAAUUUUAUAGGGUUGCAAUUAUACCCUCUAUGUUAUACGGAACAGAUUGUUGGGCCAUCAAGAAAAUUCAUGCUCGAAAGCUAGAGGUAGCAGAUAUGAGGAUGCUAAGAUGGAUGUGUGGGCACACUAGGUUGGACAAGAUAAGAAAUGAAGUUUUUAGAGAAAGAUUAGGAGUUGCUAGUAUUUCAGACAAGAUAAGGGAGGGGAGACUGAGAUGGUUUGGGCAUGUCAGGAGGAGGCAGACGACAGACCCGGUUAGAAUAGUUGAAACACUCGCGGUAGAUGGAAGGAGGAGUAGAGGCAGACCGAAAAUGAUGUGGGAUGAGCGGAUUAGACAAGAUUUGCUAGAUUUGCACCUCUUUGAGGACAUGGUCGAGGACAGAUCUUCAUGGAGACAUAGGAUUAAGGUUAAAGAUUUUUAG